AUGCCUCCAGCAUUUACCCACGACGAAGAUUUUUUGGUAAAUAAUUAUCAAUCGAUAGCUCUUGUCAUAAUUAAAAUUGAAUUAAUAAUUUUUGAUUUCAGAAAUACGCCAUGGAAUCAUACGUGGCUGAUGUUAACACCGACUUCGGAAAAACGACUAUUGUUUUCACGUUGAAAGAAAAAGCCGGUGCUUUGGCUGAAACUCUCAAACUUUUCCAGGUAAAAAUUGAAAUUUUGAAAAAAAAUAGUUGACACAUUUUGACACCAAAUAUAAUAAGCUUCAGGGCCAAAACUUAAACUGCCACGUAGAAAAUUAGAAUUUCAGAAACUUUUCCAGAUAAAACUAAAAUGAGCAAAGUCUGGAAGACAGAUUCAAUUUUGAACAAUAAAAUCUGAAAUAUUGAUUUUCCCCACAGUAAUCAAAUAUUAAAGCUACAGUAAUCUUGAAAACCUUCCACCCAAUUUCUAUAGACAGUUGAUCUUUUGUUCGACGUUGGUAGAUUAAACUCAUAUCAGCCCCGUAUCAUUUUGUCCUUGAUGAUACCAAUAAACCAAUUUUUGCAAAUCCGUUUUUUUUUCUUUUAUUGCCACCACGCAUAAAAGUGAAAAGAAUCAAACUAUUAAGAUUUUUUUGAGAUGUUUGGAACAUAAAAAUUUUGAUUCGCAACAUUUUUUUGUUUAUCAAUCAAAUUUCACGCAUCACUUAAUAGUUUUUAAUUGCAAAAAACUCGCUAGACAUUUUAUGAGAAGAGAUAAUUGAAUUAUCUAGUGAAGCAAAAGCAAAAUCAUUACAGGCUCAUGAUGUAAACCUUUCUCAUAUCGAAUCUCGUCCUUCAAAAACACACGAAGGUUGUUAUGAGAUCUUGGUGGAAUUCGCUGAAGCAGAAGAUCAUAAGAAAAUUGAAGAGGUUAUUGAACAUUGCCAAAAACGAACCGGAAAAAAUGUGUUGGUGCAAGAUUGGAAUACGAAAAACAAACAGAAUAAGGAUUCGGUUCCUUGGUUCCCACAAAAGAUUUCGGAUAUUGAUCAAUUCGCCAAUCGUAUUUUGUCGUAUGGUGCUGAAUUGGAUGCUGAUCAUCCAGGAUUCAAAGAUCAAGAAUAUCGCGAGAGAAGAAAGUUUUUCGCUGAUAUUGCUUUUAAUUACAAACAGUUAGUGGAAAAUUUGGGAUUAGAAGCGGGAAAAAAUUGAAAAAUAGUCUAGGGCCAUUCAGAAAUUCAGAUUUUUUUCCAAAAUAAUUAUUUUCCAGUGGCGAAAAAAUCCCAACAAUCGAAUACACUCCACAAGAAGUUGAGACUUGGAAAACAGUCUACACUUCCCUAACAAGUCUUUAUCCCCAAUACGCUUGCCAAGAGUUCAACUACAUUUUCCCACUUUUACAACAAAAUUGUGGAUUUGGUCCCGACAAAAUCCCUCAACUUCAAGAUAUUUCGGAUUUCUUGAAAGAUUGCACAGGUUAUACAAUUCGACCAGUCGCCGGCUUGUUGUCGUCUCGCGAUUUUCUUGCCGGUUUAGCCUUCCGCGUUUUUCAUUCUACACAAUAUAUUCGACAUCAUUCUGAUCCAAAAUACACACCAGAACCGUAAGUUCACCGCUAAAAAAUAUUUUGAAAACUUUUGAAUUUUCAGUGAUAUUUGUCACGAACUUCUUGGACAUGUCCCACUUUUCGCCGAUGUUGAAUUCGCACAAUUUUCUCAAGAAAUCGGUCUAGCUUCUCUUGGAGCAUCUGAUGACGUCAUCGAAAAACUCGCCACAGUGAGUAGAUCCUAAAUUAUCCAGAUUAUAAUAAUAAUCAUUUAGUUGUACUGGUUCACAAUUGAAUUUGGAUUAUGUCAACAAGACGGAAAAGUAAAAGCAUACGGUGCUGGACUUCUGAGUUCAUUUGGUGAACUUCAAUAUGCAUUAAGUGAUAAGCCUGUGGUUGCUGAUUUUGAUCCAGCAGUUGUUUGUGUUACCAAAUAUCCAAUCACUGAAUAUCAACCGAAAUAUUUCUUGGCCGAAUCAUUUGCAAGUGCCAAAACCAAAUUGAAGUAAGUCUGGAACAAUUUCAACAAUGGGAAAUCUCGAAAUUCUUACUCCCCCUCCCUAAUCAUUCUGUUCCAUUGUCUAUUCAUUUUUCCAGGUCAUGGGCAUCCACAAUUUCUCGCCCAUUCCAAAUCCGCUACAACGCAUAUACUCAACGCGUUGAAAUUCUCGACAAAGUUUUGGCAUUACAACGAUUGGCCAGAGAUAUUCGAAGUGAUAUUUCGACCCUUGAAGAUGCGUUGGGCAAAGUUAACGAUUUGAAAAUCAAGUUUUGAUAAAACAAUAACAAUACAUUUAUUUUAUAUUGUACAUAAAUUGUUUGAAAUGUGAAUGUGAAUGAAAAAAAUGAUUUGGAUAGAAAAAAAAACAUGUUAUUAUUUUUUAGGAGGUUUUUUGGAAAAAUUGAUAAAAUUGAAGAAGAUGAAAAUAUUACGGUAGGAAAUAAUGGAUCUCAAAAAAUUCUGAAACUGUUUAGAAUUAGUUUUCGUGAGAACAUUUUGUUAAGAUGUACGUAGAUCAGAAAUCAAACUAUGAGCUCUUCAAAUAUUCUGGAGCGCCUCAGGAAGUAUUCAAAAAUUAAUUACAAAACUAUAGAAAAAUGAGAUCAAUUUUAGAUUCUCAAACUUGCAUGCUCUUUUUCUCUCAAAAAAUAAAAUCGUUUUCCAAAAUACCUGAUCUCUAAUUCCCAAGGCAGCCAGGCAACAAUAUUGAAUUGCGUAAUAAAACCCGAUGUGUGAAAAAAAUUUCCUUGCGUUUCGAUUCGAUCGAAGACAAUGAAGAAGCAACAGGAAUCCAAGAAAAAAUAGCGUGAGAAAAUGAGACGCGCAGACACAAGUUUGUGGAUGAAUGUCCAUUUUUCGGGCAGCCACAAAUCUCUUUCUUUUUUUUGCGUAACGUAAUCAACCUGCCAUUUCGAUUCGAUUCUUUUAAUUGCUUCAAUACUUUCUUUCAUUAAUUUUUUUUUCAAAUUUUUGGGAAUUUUUUUUGAAAGGUUAAGGAAGUUAACUGUAAUUAGUUUUUUAUUCGGGUAAGCUGUAUCUAGAAGAGUGGGGGCCUAAUUUUGAGGUUGGGACAACAUCUCUCGAGGUAUUGUUUAAAGGGACAUACAGUAAUCGAGGAUAUAUUAUGCCUGGCAUGGUGGGGUCUGUUCUAUGAUUCACUAGGCAACCUUUCAAUACAGUAAUCCAGAAAUUAUUCACAAAUGUUUUAAAAAAUUCCAAUUCCAUUCUUCUUCCUCCAAAAAAAACCGAGUUGUCGAAAAUGAAAUCCAAUAAAACAAAACUCAACCAGUUUCUCGGUAUAAUAAUAAUAAUACCUAUAAAAAGCUGCACGCUCAUUAGUCAAAUCGGUCUCACUUCUUCUCCUAAACUACUCGAUAGGUUCCAUGCAACAAUAAUUAUUUGACAGUUCUUUCUUCAGCCUGCUUGCCUGCUGCCAAUUGAUGAUUUUCCGGAAUUUUAUUUUUAUAGUUUUUUUAUUGUUGGAUUAUUAUGUGUUCGGACAGGAAGUGAGUUUUAUUUUUGGAUAGAUUAGAAAAAUUCAAUUUUCAUUUUCAAAUUCUAAAGUUUUCAGCUAUUUCGAGUUGAAAGAAAUCAUGUUCCUCGAAGGUCGCCUCGCCCUUUUGCUCGAAGAGUGAAUUCUGGAUUUCAUCGAGAUUCUUUGAUGGAUAAUGUUAUUCAUACGCCAAUUGAGAAUAAAAGGAUAUUCACAAAGGAUAAGUGAGUAUUAAACCCAGGAAAUAUUUUAAUGAGAUACCGUAACUUUUUGAUAAAAAUUUCGAAACUGGUAGGUUAUGAGUUUCUGAAUGUUCAGAACUUUAAAAUAUUCAAUUUUCAAACUUCAGCUUCUACAUAAAUGCCAUCCUUCCAAAAGAAAAAGAAGCUCUUGUUUACGAAAGCAUGUUAAUGGAUGGAAAAGGAUCAAUAAAUGAUAUCGACGCAUUUUUCGUAACUCCACCACCAAGUCGAACAACAUUAUCACCAAAAAGAGAAGGAGAUCUUGAUCUUCCAGAACUAUCAAAAGUAUCCGACGGAAGUGUGAAAGAAGAGGAAAUUGUUCGAAAACCAAAGCGUCCAAGUGAUUUGAAAUUGGUGACUCUUCCACCACCAAUUCCAAAUACAGUAGCACCAUUCAAACAUAAUCGACAAUUUCAUUCAAAGCCGAGAUCAAUUCGAUUCCCAGCUCAAGCUUGGCAAAUUCCACCAAAUCAACAAUUCCAAACAACAACUUUGAGUCCAUUCUUCCAACCGACGAUUCAACCACUGAACCCAUUUCAAUUGUGGACUUUACCACCUCCACAACAAUUCACUCAACCUCCAGCAGAACAAUUUAUUCCAAUUGCAACAUCUCAACCAAUACCGCAAAACUUCCAAACUGCACCACAACAUAGGGUAAGUUCCUGGAAAUUUCUGAAUCAAAAAACGAUAGUUUUCUGCAGACUCCAAUUCGUCAUGGUAGCUUUGCUCGAACUUUUGGCCAAUCCCCAAAUCCAAUUCCUCUCCCAACUCAAACACAAAUCGAUACACCUUUGAAUAGAGAAAUCGAACAAUCAUUGAUCAAUCCGCUCGCCAAAAAACCACAAAUACCAAUUGAUUAUUCUGUUGACAGUGUUGCAAGAAUCACAAAAGAUAUUGCACCACCUCCACCAUCGACACAAUUGAAAUCUUUCGUUAAAGAACAUCCACAUGUUAUGUCGAAUAUGCAAAAACCAUUGGUUUAUCGUGGAAAAGAAAUGAUUAUUCCAAAAGUAAGCGGAGAUUUCGAAAUUCAGAAUUUUUGUUCCAAACUUUUUUUCGGAAACGAGAAUUCCGAAAACCCUGUUCAAAUUUGAUUUUGCAGAUGUUCAAUGUCACAAAUCCCCCAUUCAUUGCACCAACUCAACCUCCAACCCCAGUCCAAUCAAUCUCACAUUCUCAAACCUAUGUUCCACUAAUGAACCCGAAUCAAAAACUCGAUCUUUGUUGUAGAAAACAAGGAGUCAGUCCAUUCUGCCAAACAAUGUGUAACUUCGAAACUUUCAAUGAUAAAACAGUGAGUCAAAUCAUAUUCUAAAAACAAAAAUGCAUAAUUUUGCAGCUUGUAAGUGCAUUUAUCACAGCUCAAUGUCCAGGUCCUCAAUUAGGACAAGCCUAUGAUUGUGCUUCUUCAAAAGCUGAUCAUUCUCAAUGUUGUGAGAGAUCUGGAAUAUCGAGUUUCCAAAAUGGAAAAUGUAUGCCAUUUUGUAGAACUCAUUUGGCAACGCCUUCAAAUGUUCUUGAUUAUUUUGUAUGUCUUCAGGUUAGUUUCAAAAAUUAUUUGACAAAAAAAUCAUAGAAAUAUUUUACAGGUAUUCGAAACAAUAAAAGGGUGUUAUCGAGAUUAUCAAUUCUACAAUCCAAACAUUUUUGGAGAUUAA